CUUGAGACAUCUUCUUGAUCUAAUAUAUGCACGGUUCGCCAUGUGCUUCCCUCUGUUUUUGCUAACAAAAGUCUUCCUCCUCCUCCCACUAAUCCCUAUUCUCUACAAUAAAGUCGGAUUUGCAGACAAGUUUGAAGUGUAGAGAACCAAACCUAAAAACUAUAUUCCCAAUCCCUCUCCUUCCCUGUCUCUUCAACCAUGUCUUUGUGCACCUCACAACGUCCAAUAAUGCCCGAUUCUUCUUCUUCUUCUUCUCCUCCUCCUCCUUGUUCUCCUAUUUGGUUAUUGCCCCACAUAAAGCUCCACUUCUUUGCUCGAAUCCGACGGUUCCUGCGACUGAAAGCAGCUCGUAAGCGAUGCGGAUCGUCGGGCGGAGUCGACGUAGCGAGUAGUACUGCCAGAGGUGUUAAUAACGAAGUAGUAGUCCAGGCUCUGGAGAGGGAGAGUGAGGACGAGUCGGCGGUGCUACAGAGGUCAGUUAAGAAGCUUCACUUCGGAAGCUGGCUUGAGAAAGAAAUGGCGGUUAAGGAGAUUGAGAAGCUUGCUAGAGAAGACGGGAAGACAAGGAAAUUCUUGGCGCAGCUUGGGGUUAUACCUGUGCUGGUGGCUAUGGCUGCUUCGGAGGUGGCCACGCAGCGGCGUGUGGCGGUGACGGCUUUGAUUGAGCUCGCCAAUGGAACUUAUACGAACAAGGCGCUCAUGUUGGAGGCAGGAAUCUUAUCCAAACUGCCACAGAACAUUGAUACUGUCGAUGAACUAACGAGACGUGAAUUUGCAGAAUUGCUAUUAUCGUUAUCUUCUCUUGCAAAUAAUACACAAUUCCCUCUAGCCUCGUCCGAAAGUACUCUCCCAUUUCUCUUGAGCAUUCUUCAAUCCAGUUCAAGUGUUGAAACUAAAGAGUUGUGUUUGGGUACCACGUACAACAUCUCCACCGUCUUGGACCAUGCAGGAGCCCUGGUCUCUAGCGGAUUUUUACAAACACUCUUGACACUCUCCACUACAAAGGAACUUUCAGAGAAAGCCCUCGCAACGCUCGGGCAUUUGGUGGUGACUUUAAUGGGAAAAAAGGCAAUGGAAAACAGUCCAAUGGUGCCAGAGAGCUUGAUAGAGAUCUUGACAUGGGAAGAUAAACCCAAGUGCCAAGAAUUAUCAGCUUACAUUCUAAUGAUUUUGGGUCAUCAAAACUCAACCCAACGGGAGAGAAUGGCCAAGUCAGGAAUUGUGCAGGUACUUCUUGAAGUGUCAUUAUUGGGUAGCCCUCUAGCACAGAAGAGGGCGAUAAAGCUAUUACAAUGGUUCAAAGAUGAGCGGCAAGCAAACAUGCGGCCGCAUUCCGGACCCCAAACAGGAAGGAUUGCAAUGGGUUCGCCUGUAAAUCCAAGGGAGGCUCAAGAAGGGAAGAAAAUGAUGAAGAAUUUGGUGAAGCAAAGUUUAUAUAAGAACAUGGAAGUAAUAACCCGACGAGCCAAUAUUGCUGCAGUUCACUCCUCCUCUAAGCUCAAAGCCCUUGUGAUCAGCACAAGUUCAAAGAGCUUGCCUUACUAAAAGUUUUAAAUGUUGGAAUUUACACUCCAAUUUUUAAGCUUCUCUGCAGAUACAGAGGAAACGAACUUUUUGGAUUGCCACAGAUAUGCAUUCCUUGUGCAGUAUGAAUAGUGACAAUUUUUUAUCCUGGAAAAAAAAAUAAAAAAAACGAAAGUUUUCUCGGGAAA